CACGCGCAUGCUCCUCUGCACCUAUUAUUUUGUUCUCCUGGAAGCAAUAAAUGAAGAACCGCCCGAACGUGCUCUGGUCAAUGAUAAAUAUUUACACGCUGAAAUAUAUUUGCUCGUAAGCAAGCGUUUUCAUACAUGGAGUUACACGACACCUAGUUCUUAUUCUGGCCAGGCUGCGGGGUUUGCCAUCAAGGGUCUGGAGGCCAAAAACACGGCUGACCGACAGGACAUGCAGAGGUGUUUUUCUAUGUAAAAGCUAGCGAGCUGAGCUGGGAACCGGAGGAGCAAAACGCUGAAGAGUUUUCCAGCACCCCUCCUUUGGCAGAAAAGGCUACAGCUGCUCUCAUCCACGCCGACAAGCCGUUAGGAUGGCGCACCUCCGCGACAUGCAGAAUCAGAAUUCCCGGCUUGACCCGGAGCAGUAUUUCACAAAGCAGGAGCGCAUUGGGAAAGGGUCUUUUGGUGAGGUCUACAAGGGCAUCAACAAUCGUACCAAAGAGGUGGUGGCCAUCAAGAUCAUUGACCUGGAGGAGGCAGAAGAUGAGAUCGAGGACAUUCAGCAGGAGAUCACGGUGCUCAGCCAGUGUGACAGCCCUUAUGUCACCAAAUACUAUGGCUCAUUUCUGAAGGGAACAAAGCUGUGGAUCAUCAUGGAGUAUUUAGGAGGCGGCUCUGCUUUAGAUCUUCUGAAACCAGGGCCACUAGAGGAGACAUACAUUGCCACAAUACUGCGGGAGAUUCUGAAGGGACUGGAAUACUUGCAUUCAGAGAGGAAGAUUCACCGCGAUAUCAAAGCUGCCAACGUGCUGUUGUCUGAGCAGGGGGAUGUGAAGCUAGCAGACUUUGGUGUGGCGGGACAGCUCACAGACACCCAGAUCAAGAGAAACACUUUUGUGGGAACUCCUUUCUGGAUGGCUCCAGAGGUCAUCAAACAGUCUGCUUAUGACUUUAAGGCAGACAUUUGGUCCUUGGGAAUCACAGCUAUCGAACUAGCAAAGGGGGAACCCCCAAACUCAGACCUCCACCCAAUGCGAGUGCUGUUUCUCAUUCCCAAGAACUCUCCCCCGACACUGGAAGGGUCCUACAGCAAACCCUUCAAAGAGUUUGUGGAGGCCUGUCUCAAUAAAGAUCCUCGCUUUCGGCCCACCGCCAAGGAGUUACUGAAGCACAAAUUCAUCACACGCUACACCAAGAAAACGUCCUAUCUGACAGAGCUCAUUGACCGAUACCGUCGCUGGAAGUCUGAGGGCCACGGGGACGAGUCUAGCUCAGAUGAUUCUGACAUGGAUGGAGACAGUGAUGACCGAGACCAGUGUCCCAUAUGGACGUUCCCCACUGUCCGGCACAGCUCUAUGAAUAAGCUCCAGAAGGGCUACACAAACACAGAGGUAGCUGAGAUGGUAAAGAGACAGCCUAAGUCACAAUGUCUGUCAGCGCUGGUCUCUCCUAUCUUCAGAGAGAUGAAAGAGAAGAGGAGGGCAUGCGGAGGCGGAAUGGGUGCCAUAGAGGAGCUGGAAAACGCCUUUAACCUGGCAGAGGAAUCCUGCCCGGGCAUCUCUGACCUCUUGGUCACACACAUGAUGGAGAGAGUUUGCAGGUUUGCUCUGAAUGGCAACACCACACCAUCAUCCCGGUGAAGCCCCGCCCCUGCUGUUGCCCCCCCCUCCUCCUCCUCCUCCUUUUUUAAUUAGUUAUGAUUCAAUAUUUUUUACAAUUUUCUUUAUAGAAUGGAAAGUAUUUAAGAGAGAGAAAAAUAAACCUAUGUGAUUGAGUGAACUGUUUACCUGUUAGAUCAAAAUGUCCUAUUAUAAAAUGUAUGGAAACAUUGUGUUGUGGGGUUUACUGGUGUGUGUGUGUAUAUAUGUUUUUAGAUUUUUUUUAUUUUUUUUUUAACAAAAGAAAAUGUAAAAUUUGAUUAAAAAUCAUGGUCAAGGACAGCUUCUUAAACAAAUGUAAAAUUAUAUUUCAUAUUCUAAAAACAUUGUGCAUCGUGGUUUGCCCAUCCUGGCUAAUCUGCUCUGCAAAGAAUCUGCCUUAUUUUCUGGGAAAAAUAUCUAUACAUUUAUUAAAAUUAAAAUUUACCUGUGAAGCGAAACCUGGAUAAUAUAUUUAAGGGAAGAUUCACCCAAAAAUACACCUGAGAUGGCAUUAGGGUGAGUAAAUGAGAGAAUUUUUGGAUGAAUCAGUACUCUUAAAACCUGUUUUCAGAAAAUGUAGUGUGUAUGUACACUUGAAGUCAGAAGUUUACACACACUUAGGUUGAAAUCAUUAAAACACAUUUUUUUAACCACUCCACAGAUUUAAUAUUAGCAAACCAUAGAUCUAAUUUGUGCAUGAGUUAUUUUUCCAAUUGUUUAUCAUA